GUGGUCAGUACAAGUCCUGUGAUAGCGAGACAAAACAAAACACACCAAUAUGUUCAAAAUCAUCGCCCUGCUCGCCGCUCUCAUCGCCGUGUCGGCCGCCAAACCCCUUGUGGUGAGCGCCCCCCUGGUAGCAGCCCCCGCCCCCAUAGUAACUGCCUCCAGCUCGCAGUACUACCACCGGAUUAACAACGGCUUCGCAGCGUACGUAGCGGCUCCAGCAGCAUACGUCGCGUCCGCCGCCCCUGUUGUAGCGUCCCCGUACGUAGCGUCGCCGUACGCUGCGCCCUACGUUGCCGCCCCUGCCGCCUCCAUCGUUGCCGUAAUAGCGCUGUUUGCCCUGUGUGGCGCUGUGCAAAGCUCCGUCGAGCAUGGCCAAGCAGUGUUCCCAGUGUUCCCAGCUGCUCAGCAAAUACCACCUCCAGUUGUGACAUCUGCCAGCUCGCAAUACUUUGAGAGGACGUUCAAUCGACUUAUCGCGUCGCCUGUUAUACCAGUCGCCCCUGCACCUCCAGUGUUUGUCCAGCCAACGCCAAAUGCAGUACCAAUAGCACCAUCUCCAUCGCCAGGCGAAUCAGUUCAACCUAACAUAGCCAUUGCCGUAGCAACUGCCCACGCAGCCGCACCAGUAGCCACCAUACUUCUGCCUCCAUAUCCCUUCGGACCACCACCUACCAUCGGCUUCAUCCCUCCAUCGCCACCGAUCAACGUUCCUGAUGAGUCCCGGAAAGAAUCAACUACACAACCGACUACGAAAGUUGAAACGAAAGCUACUACACGACAACCCGAAGCGACGACGCCUCUGCCAGCGAGUUCUGACAACAGCUUCUCCCAAGCACUUCCCUCCAACCAGAACAUCAACUUCAAGCAGUUUUACGGGCCCCCACCCCAAUUGCCGCCACAAAUGAAGCCACAAAAGGUGAAGACGUCUGUGGAAAUUGUGCCUGUGCCCUUGACUUACAUAGCGCCACCACCUUUGAAACUUCAAGCGGUCAAGACUGUGAAACACUAUCACACGUAUGUGCCAUUGAAAUCCAAGCUGAUUAUCAGACCUGUGCAUUCUCAUUCGCAUCCGAUAAGGAUUGUUCGAAGGCCAGUGAGAUUAGUUCAUAGAGUGCCACUGUCAGACAGAAUAGGAAGUGCCCCUAAUGUAAGAAGACCUAUGUCAAGGGAAAUUGAACCGACCACCUUCAGUCCAUUCGUUAGGUCUGCCACCAAACCGCCACGUGUAUGAAAAACAGUUAAUUGUAUAAUAGAUAUAAAAAUAACACACUUGUUAAUAUAUCUGCACAUUGUAAAUAUAAAUGAGGUUAACCAAUUUUAAAUAAAAAUAUUUAUAGUUUUUUA